GGCGGUGUGCGCGGUGUAGGCACUUUUGUGGUUCGAUCAAGUAGCCAGGUGUCUAUACAAUUCUUUCGACAAAAUCGAAGAAUGUUUGCGUAGUGUUAAAUUUAAUUAAAAUUUACUUAUUAUAAUCCGUGAUCAGUGUAUUAGACCACGUGUUGUGGCUCUGUCAUUGUCGGAUUAAUCAAGAAAAUAUAAAAAAAACUUUACAACGCCAUGGAUCGGCGAAAAAUGUCAACCUCGGGGGAUUCCCUCUAUCAACUUUUAGAACUUCCUAAAACAGCAACACCUGAAGAAAUUAAAAAAACGUACAGAAAACUAGCUUUAAAAUAUCAUCCGGAUAAAAAUCCGAACAACCCAGAGGCAGCUGAGAAGUUUAAAGAAAUAAAUAGAGCUCACGCGAUAUUAACAGACUUAACCAAGAGAAAUAUAUAUGAUAAUUAUGGAUCACUCGGACUGUAUGUAGCUGAACAGUUUGGGGAAGAAAAUGUCAACGCUUACUUCGUUGUAACGUCAGGAUGGUGCAAAGCAUUUAUGGUCAUUUGCGGCAUUUUAACUGGAUGUUAUUGCUGCUGCUGUCUAUGUUGCUGUUGUAACUGCUGCUGCGGAAAAUUCAAACCCGCACCACCUGGAGAAAGUGGCGAUUAUCAUAAUCUACAGGGCCAGAAUGCCGGUGAUAUGCCCAGUCAAUUCCGAGGUUUCAAUAAGGAGGAUGAGAGUGAUGAAGAGGCGGUAACAAGUCAACCAACGAGUGGAGCAGCUCAAGGAGCUGCGUCAAAUACUGUAUUUGCAAUGCCACCUCCACCAACUACUGCUAAUGAAAGCACGAACUUGAACAGUGGAGGAGAACGUGUGAUAUAUACGACUACCACAAAUCCAUUUGCAGCGGGAGCAGCUGCUGAAGCCGCAGCUUCUGGAGGAGCCAAAUGGUAGUGAGGAUUAUUGAUUUAAAAUAAUUUGGACAUCAUAUAGAGGGCAACGGAUUGUUGUAGAUAUCUCUUUGAAUUAAUUGGUCAUCGAUAUAAUAAGAACAUAUACUUAGUUCUUAAAAUAUUUCUGUUAUAUGACCGACAAUUUGCUACAGCAUACGAAUAAGAGAGAAUUUAUAAGAUUGUGGCUACAAUGUCUAUUAUGUAACCACAAUAGUAAUUGAAGUUUAAACAAUUGAAAAUUGUACUUAAUAGUACAGAUAUUUGGGUUUUAUUAUACAAUUAUUUAACUAAUUGAUAUCAUUGUUUUCCUGUAGGAGAGUGAGUAUGUAUGUGAAGAGUGUUAUUGAUUAAGAAAUAUAAACAUAAUGAGGGAUAAGCUGCGCACCAACUCAAUAAAUUAAGUGCUAUAUAAGGGUGCCUGGAAUGAGAUUGACAAUGCAUUAAUGUUGCAUUUAAUUCAAUGAAUCUGAUAAACAAUGCCUAAGGUGCCAUCUCAAUUAUAAUUAAUAUCCAAUUAGGCAUAUAAAUAAUUUUAUUAAUACCAUCUUGUGUUUUUUAUUGAUACAAUUUCUUGGCAUUUAAGUUUUAUAGCCUUAGAAAAAAAUAUUCUGAUAUUCAGAAGAGCAAAGAUAUUCUUAUCUUUAAUAUAAUAUUUUAUGAACACUUCCAAUGCUUUCGUUGAUGUGGAACAAUUUCAAAAAUAUCAUUUGCAUGAUUAUUAUAUUAAUAAUAAAUCAGAAUAAUGAUAAAUAAAUAUGUAAUUUUACUUGCAAAAAGAGAAGCUAUCUUCCGCUUGAUGAUUGAAAUGCUUUGAUUGAAUAUUCAAAAUAUUAUCAGAGUACAGAGAUAAUAAAAAAAAAGACCCUAAUCUUGUUUAUAUAUUUGUUCACAUUUGAAGUUAUAACUGUUUCCAUAUAAGAGUUAUGUAGUUUUUGAAUAUUUAUUGAAUGUAUAGUUUGUCUCAACUACAUAAAACAAUUUCAAAAAUUAGCCAUUGUUCGAUCUGGCCUAACCACAAAUUAUAAAUAAGGAUUUAUGUUUUACAUUAUAUUCAAAUAUACCAAAUAAUAACAAAAUGGUUUUUAAUUUUGUUGAGACAUCCUCAUACUGAAUGUUGAUCGCUUAUUGAGUAUAUGUAUAUUAAUUCUUUAUUGUAUAUUCGUUUAAUACCCACUAUAAGACAUUUUAGUCGUCGACUUUACGCGACACUUCUUCGUAAAUGGUAAACUGUAAUCACGCGUGUAUAAUCGAAUUUAAUGUACGUUGGGAGUAUUUUUUUUCUCAUAAAUAUCAAGUUAAAAAUAAAUCAAUAAAUUGAUAAUAAAGAGGUACAAUGAUAUAUUAUGUAUAUGAAAUGAAAUUUAAAAAAAUUUUGCGAAUUAAUUACAACUAAAUUAUAAAAUAAUAAUAACGAUACUUAAUGUACCGGUUUAAAUAAUUCUAGUGAAUCGUGUAAUAAAAUGCGCAACACUGUAAAUAUA